GGUCGAGUCAGUCUGCCCCUGGCCUGGCCCUUUGUCGGGACGCGUUUUUUAGAGCACAAGCAGAGCGUUUCAGCUGAGCAGGUGCAGGUGGUUGGUGGUUACCCCCCGCUGCGAUGAGAGAGAAGGGGGAGCGGCCGGGUCCGCUUCGAUGGCUGCGACACCUGCUCGACGCGCUCCUGGUGCGAAUCCUCAGCCUGAGCCUGUUCCGCGCCAAGAGCAAGCCUCCUCCGGACAGCCUACCAGGAUUGGAACUUUCCUCCGUCACCAAAUAUUUGCCCAUUCCGAGGGUCAGAGGCCUACCGAUGGUGGGGACCUUAUUGGAUCUUAUAGCCGCUGGAGGAGCCACGCACCUUCACAAGUACGUCGAUGCGAGACACAAGCAGUACGGACCCAUUUUCCGGGAGCGUUUGGGCGGAACUCAGGAUGCAGUCUUCGUAUCGUCCGCGAAUCUAAUGCGCGGAGUCUUCCAGCACGAGGGUCAGUAUCCGCAGCAUCCGCUACCGGAUGCCUGGACGCUGUAUAACCAGCAGCAUGCUUGCCAACGGGGACUGUUCUUCAUGGAGGGCGCGGAGUGGCUGCACAACCGACGCAUACUUAAUCGCCUGCUGCUCAACGGAAAUUUGAAUUGGAUGGACGUGCAUAUUGAGAGCUGUACCAGGCGGAUGGUGGAGCAGUGGAGGAGUCGCACAGCGGAGGCGGCGGCGAUACCGACAGCGGAGGGUGGUGAGAUGCAGAGCUACGAACUGCCCCUGCUGGAACAACAGCUCUACCGAUGGUCUAUAGAAGUACUCUGUUGCAUCAUGUUUGGCAACAGCAUCCUCACCUGCCCCAAGAUCCAGUCUGCUCUGGACUACUUCACCCAGAUUGUGCACAAGGUCUUUGAGCAUAGCUCGCGGCUGAUGACCUUUCCGCCCCGUUUGGCCCAGAUUCUGCGCCUGCCCAUCUGGCGCGACUUCGAGGCUAAUGUGGAUGAGGUACUCCGCGAGGGAGCUGCGAUAAUCGAUUACUGCAUCGGAGUGCAAGAGGAUCAUAAGCUCCCACACGACGAGGCCCUAUACCAUCGUCUACGGGCAGCGGAGGUUCCAGGCGAGAUGAUUAAGCGAAUAUUUGUGGACCUGGUCAUUGCAGCAGGUGAUACGACCGCCUUCAGCAGCCAGUGGGCUUUGUUCGCCCUUUCCCAGGAGCCCCUGCUUCAGAAACGUCUGGCCAAAGAGCGAGCCACCAAUGAUUCCCGGCUGCUGCAUGGCCUGAUCAAGGAAUCCCUGCGUCUUUAUCCCGUAGCCCCUUUCAUCGGUCGCUAUCUGCCCCAGGAUGCGCACCUGGGCGGGCACUUUAUCGAAAAAGAUACCAUGGUGCUGCUCUCCCUGUACACGGCAGGUCGAGAUCCAUCACACUUCGAGCAGCCGGAACGGAUAGUGCCGGAGCGCUGGUGCAUUGGGAAGUCGGAGCAGGUGCACCAGUCACACGGCAGCCUGCCCUUUGCCAUCGGCCAGCGAUCUUGCAUUGGUCGCCGGGUGGCACUCAAGCAGCUCCACUCCCUGCUGGGCCGAUGUGCCUCCCAGUUCGAGAUGAGGUGUCUCAAUGAGCGGCCCGUCGACAGCGUUCUCCGCAUGGUCACAGUGCCCAACCAGACCUUGCGAUUAGCCCUUCGGCCGCGAACCGAGUGAUACAGUCAUACACGCAUUAACAUAAU